GGGACAGAGAAAUGACUGCAUCAAAGACACGGGGAGAAAAAUAUUCAUCUAAAAUGCGUUUGAAAAAAUAAAAAAACACAACGUAAGAAAUACAAAUUUAUCCCAAGAUUAUGCAGUAAUACAUGAACAGAACCCCUGAAAAGUGUGCGUGGAAUAAAAGCAGGUAGAGAAUAAUGUCAUCCCAGGGAAUGGCCACCCCAAGCGACCCCCUCCUGACCAGCCCCGGAGGGGGGGUUAGCGCAGCCCAGGAUGGCACCUGGAGAGGGUCGCUACCCAAGACCUCCAGCUUCCCAUCCUCCACCACUCGCCACCUCAGCCACCGUGCCAACAACUUCCAGAGGCACCCCAAGCGCCGGAAGCUGAUCCGGCCGUCCCCUCCGCCGCCCCCCAACACCCCCUGCCCCCUGGAGCAGCUGGACCUGACCGAGCUGCCCCCCCGACGCUCCUUUGCCGAGCUGCUGUUCAACGGCUGCAUCCUGUUCGGCAUUGAGUUCAGCUACGCCAUGGAGACGGCCUACGUCACCCCCGUCCUGCUGCAGAUGGGUCUGCCUGACCAAUUCUACAGCCUCGUGUGGUUCAUCAGCCCCAUUCUAGGGUUCCUGGUCCAGCCUGUCCUUGGAGCCUGGAGUGAUCGCUGUACCUCCCGGUUUGGUCGGCGGCGCCCUUUCAUCCUGGCUCUUGCCAUUGGAGCUUUGUUUGGACUGACCCUGGUGCUGAAUGGGCGAGACAUCGGGGCCACGCUGGCGGACACCGCAACCAAUCACAAGUGGGGGAUCGUGCUGACGGUGUGCGGGGUGGUGCUAAUGGACUUCAGCGCUGAUUCGGCAGACAAUCCCAGCCACGCCUACAUGAUGGACGUGUGCAGCCCCGAGGAUCAGGACCGGGGGCUGAACAUACACGCCCUCCUGGCAGGGCUGGGCGGCGGCUUCGGCUACAUCGUGGGCGGAAUCAACUGGGACCACACCGAGUUCGGGAGGGCGGUGGGGGGUCAGCUGAGGGUCAUCUACCUGUUCACCAGCAUCACCCUCAUCGUUGCCACGGCGAUGACCCUCACCAGCAUCCCCGAGCGCCCCCUGACACAGGCGCAGCCCCCGAAGAGCUCCAGGAGCACCCUGAAGAGCCCCAGCCUCCCGCUCCCGCCCUCGCCCCCGGCAGCGCUCGGAGGCCCCGGGGACGAGGAGGAGGAGGAGGAAGAGGGAGGCCCCCAGAGCUACCAGUGCUACGAGCCUCGGCCCUGCCAGCCGGACCUGCUGGCGCACACCUCCAGCGCAGGUGCGAGGCUCUACGCCGGCCUGACCAGCCCCAUCUCCCCCCUCAGCCCCCUCACCCCCAAAUACGGCAGCUUCAUCAGCCGGGACAGCUCCCUCACUGGCAUCAACGAGUUCGCCUCCUCCCUCGGGACAUCCUACAUCGACAGCGUGCUCAUCGACUGCUACACGGGGCAGCAGACCCCCCAGCCCCUCGACCCAGACGCAGCAGCCCCGCCCCUGCCACCAGGAGACACCCCGCCCCCGCAGGGCCUCCCCCAGGCCAGCGUGGGGUCGGUGGGGAGCGGGACCCCUGGCAUCCUGAAGCGCCCACAGAGCCUGGCCCUCAUGGAGGACCCUCUGGCAACCGCUGCUGUGGGGACGGAGAAUGGCCGCAGGCGGACAGUCACCUUCAGCCAGCAGGUGGCUAACAUACUGCUGAACGGCAUCCGCUACGACAGUCACCUGAGUGACAGCACGGACACAGCAGACACACAGCUCUCCAUGAAGCUGCUCUGCAUCGCCAUCUACAGGAUGCCACCGUCACUGCGCAGCCUGUGCACCAACCACUUCCUGGGCUGGCUGUCCUUCGAGGGCAUGCUACUCUUCUACACUGACUUCAUGGGUGAGGCUGUGUUUGGGGGAGACCCCAAAGCGCCUCACGACUCAGAGGCUUACCGCCGUUACAACGCGGGGGUCAGCAUGGGCUGCUGGGGCAUGUGCAUCUACGCCUUCAGCGCGGCAUUCUACUCAGCCAUCCUGGAGAAGCUGGAGGAACGGUUCUCCUUGCGCUCGCUCUACUUUUUUGCCUACCUGGCGUUUGGGCUGGGCACAGGCCUGGCCACCCUCUCCACCAACCUGUACGUGGUGCUGUCCCUGUGCAUCACCUAUGGGGUGCUCUUCUCAUCGCUGUGCACGCUGCCCUACUCCCUGCUCUGUGAAUACUACCAGAGCCCACAGUUCUGUGGUUCCUCAGAGGGCGGUACUCGGAGGGGGAUGGGGGUGGACAUCUCGCUGCUCAGCUGUCAGUACUUCCUGGCCCAGAUCCUGGUCUCCGUGGCGAUGGGGCCCCUGACCUCGCUGGUCGGGGGGGCGCGGGGCGUGAUGUACUUUGCGAGUGUGAUGUCGUUCGUGGGCUGCCUGUACUCCUCGUUGUGUGUGGUGUAUCAGCUGCCCCCCGCCGAGGGUGAGCUCCCUCAAAGCGAGGCCCAGCCGCUGCUCGUUCAAAUCUAAUGCCCAUCC